CGCCGGACUCCGUUUCCGAGUCCCUGAGCCCCCCUCCUCCUUUCUCCUGACUGGGAUGCCCCGCCCCCCUCUUGGGGUCAGCGAAUUGAGCCUCUCGCCCCGCUGGUCCUGGCCAGGACAGACCUCUGGCCCUUCUGCGAAGUUUUCCAAGAAAUGCAGGGAAAGGAUGUGAUUAGAAGAGCUGCCCCAUCCCCGGAGGCUGAAUGGCCACGAGUCAGCGACCUUUUUGUAAAGGGAGUUUCUCCGGGAUCGUUUAACUGACCUCAGAGGUCCCUUCCAUUUCUGUGGUCUUGUGAUCUAUGAGUCGUUCGGCCUGAGGAUCCAGGGGGAAGGAUAGGGCUGAGGUGGACUUUGUCUCUUGGGUCUCAAACCGUACUUUGCCCAGCCCUCAAAAAUAAUUUCAAUAACCUUUUCCGAAGUCCAUCAUGAGAUCAUGGAGCUAGAGCCAACAGGGACCUCAGAAGCCAUCUAAUCCAACCCUGUCGUUUUAGAGGAGGAACCUGAGGCCAAGGAUGAUUAAGUGACUUGCCCCCAGGCCACACAAGUAUUUAUUAAUUAAUCAAACUGUCAUCCUAGUCCGAAGUCAGUGCUAUCUCCAUUAUACUUUGCUGGCUUUUGUGUGGAGACAGACCUGUGAAAUACAUGGGAUCAGUGUUGAUAUCCCCAUUUUCCAAAUGAGGAAACUGAGGCCUCAGGGAAGUAACUUGUCCAAAGACAUGCUAUUGGAUUCCAUUCAAGAUCGGGCAGCCCAAGAAGCAGAUUGUUCCCAAGACAGUGGAGAGAGACUUUGAAAGAGAAUACGGAAAACUCCAGCAGCUGGAGGAUCAGACCAAGAAGCUACAGAAAGACCUGAAGAAGAGCACCGAUGCUGACCUAGCCAUGUCCAAAUCAGCUGUGAAGAUCUCUUCUGAUCUCCUCUCCAACCCACUUUGUGAGCAAGACCAGGAAUUUUUAAAUUUGGUGACCGCGCUAGAUACAGCCAUGAAACGGAUGGAUGCCUUUAACCAAGAAAAGGUAAACCAGAUCCAAAAGACAGUGAUUGAGCCCUUAAAAAAGUUUGGUAGCGUCUUUCCCAGCCUCAACAUGGCUGUGAAGAGGCGGGAACAGGCCCUACAGGACUACAAGCGACUGCAAUCCAAAGUGGAAAAGUAUGAGGAAAAGGAAAAGACGGGGCCAGUCCUGGCAAAACUCCACCAGGUACGGGAAGAGCUUCGGCCUGUAAAGGAUGACUUUGAAGCCAAGAACAGACAGCUCUUGGAGGAGAUGCCACGUUUCUACAACAGCCGGCUUGACUACUUCCAGCCAAGUUUUGAGUCACUGAUCCGGGCCCAGGUCGUGUACUACACGGAGAUGCACAAGAUCUUCAGGGACUUAACCCAACAGCUUGACCAACCAGGUCAUACAGAUGAGCAGAGGGAGCAAGAGAACGAGACCAAGCUGAGCGAGCUCCGAGCCCUGUCCAUCGUGGCUGAUGACUGAAACCCCUGGGGCAGAGAUCCUCGCCCCACACACCCUCAGACUCAGUAAAGCCAACUCCAUGGUGAAGGGCAGCAGCUGCCACAAUACUGUGCCAUGACUGCACUGACAAGGGGAGCAAAGGCAGCCUCUGCUCCCUCUCACUAGCCCUUAGACCAAGUCUAAUCCUCUUGCCGGAGAGCUCCUUCCCACUCCCACCCUCAGUGCCAUGCCACAGAAUGUUCUGCUCUAAGCAAGCUACUGCCUCCUCCAGAGAGGAGCAUGGGGGGACAGUGAAACAGUUAGUAUAAAAGCCCCAGGCAUGAGGACUUUUAUUUCCAAAACUGGGCCAGCAUAGAACUGUCUCCUGCCUCCAGCCCCGAGCCAUAGGUAUCUGAACAAGUCAGCUCGGUCUGGGCCAGGACAUCAAAGUCAGGCCUUUCCUCAUUUUUAGGCUAGUAUGCUGAUUUGCUUUAUUGUAUUGCCUCAAUGCCUUAGUCCUGCUUCUGGUGGUGAACCUUUCCCUUCAAAACCCCAUCUGCCCGAGUUUAGAGUUAGGGCAGAUAAACUGUUGUCUUCCAUGUUCUGCCCAAGCAUCCAAGUGUUAAGAAAAAGCUAGUCUGUCUAAUCUUCCAAUCUUCAUCCUGUGCCUCAAAUGAAGGGAAGAGUCCAAGGUUUUCCACUGGAGAUUACCUUCUGAGGUCUGGGAAUUAGUUUAAAAUGUCAAUUUAAUGUUUUUCUAUUCACCUGUCAACUCAGGAACCCCCUGGAAAGGGCAAAAAGUCUGGACUCUCCUCUUCCCCCUAACUUCAAAACUGGGGAUUUUAUUUUUUCAAUGAAACUUAAAAUAAACCCUAUCUGUAUUGCUGAUA